CUAUCAUUGUUGUGGUGAGGUGUUGUUAGGUCGUUGGCCUGGGGAAUGAACUUCAACAGGUGGAACAAGUUGUACACUAGUAUUUCGGGUUGUUUGGUGACAACAUGCCCCUGUCCGCUGGCUUAGUGCUGUGUGAGCCGACAGAACUGUACAAUAUCCUCAACCAGUCCACGGUCUUCCCAUGUCUAAGCGAUCCCAACUAUUUACUACUCCUCGAUGCUCGGAGUAGUGAAGACUAUGCAGUGAGUCAUGUACUCACAAGCAAGAAGGCAUGGUGUAAGAAUGGUGAAUACCUGGUGCCUUAUGAUUCCGAGAUUGAGUGUAAGACCCACUGUGUUGUGUAUGACAGCCACACAAGAUCUCUGAAGGACACGGGAGAUGCAAUUGCCUGUGCCACAGUUCUGGCCAACAGUGGAAGCAAGAAUCCAGUGAAAGUUCUGAGGGGAGGCUAUGAGGACUUCUCAGCCUUGUACCCCUUCUUAAGAACACAGAAAAUCAUCUACAUGCCACAGGAGCUAGACGAUUUGAUGGUGUGGCCAUGUGAGGUUCUUCCAGGACUGUUGUAUGUGGCUAACUAUGAGCAGGCCUGCACGGCGGUCAUUCUGAAGGAACUCAAGUGUAAGGGGUACAUCAACGUGUCCACAGAACCUGAUCCAAGCUUUCCAGGUCGUAAGAACCCAGAGGUGCUCAGAAUAGUAGCAGAGGACUCGCCUGACACAGACUUGCUGUCCCAUUUUGAGGAGGCCUGUGCCUUCAUAGACAAACAGAAGAAACUUGAUCAUGCAGUACUGGUGUUUGACACAAGAGGGAUCAGCAGAAACAUCUGUAUUGCUUUGGCAUACUUGAUGCAUGUCUACAGGUGGCCGCUCAAGGAUGCCUAUAAACACAUGCUGGGCUGCAAACACAACAUCAGUCCCAACAUGGGCUUCAUCAGGCAGCUGGGGCAGUGGGAGGAGAAACUGAUUGGAGCAAACGUCACCAGCAUCAACGAGCGCAACUGUCACAGCUGGAUGCGCUAAACAUUUAGCUUGCAUUUAAUCCAUCAUCUCAACAGAUGUUUGUGUGGAUAUAGUAUGAGACAUAUCCGUCCAACACACUUUUCAAAGAGGCCAGGUUCUACCCUUUCAGCUGGCAGAGAUGGUAUAGUCCAUUGCAGAAACUUCUCAUCCACAUAGUGAUUGGUAGAUAUUAAACUGUACAAGUGGUCAUUUCGGAAGCACAGGUCUAUAUAUAUAAUCAUGUGUCAUAUGUAAGGAAUGAAGAGUGCCAUAGAAAUUAAAAGAACAUUGGCUAGAUACUUUUCGCUACUGGUAAAAGGUAUUUUUAUGCACUUAUUUCUUUUUUUGUGGGCCAAUAUUGACAAUCAAUGUGACUUUUGAUGAAAAUUGUUACAGUUAAAGGUUUUAAGAAAUUAUUAUGUAUAUAUCUGUGUGUAUUUCACACUUUGAACAAUUUGAUUCUAGAAUCUAUUUUGACAAGCAUGUAUAUAUCGACAAAUUUUGAAAAGAAUGUAACUUUUGUUUCGAAGAAAGUGUAUGCAGGUAGAUAAAUGUACCUGUCAUUUUAACAGACAAUCAAGGGAAAAGAUUUGCAUAAGUUAAAAUUUAUAUGCAAAGGAUGUAACAGCAAAGUAAUAUAACAUAUAGUACAGCA